CCUUCCGGGCCGGAGCCGACAGGCCUGCGCCCUGCCCGCCCGGGCUUCCACCUGCCGCCCACCUGGCGGGGCCCAGCGGGCCGCCGCCUCCCGCGGGGCCGCACAGGAAGUGGGAGGGCGGGGACUGGGAGGGACCGAGCGGCCGCGACGGAGCUCGGCUGUCCGGGCCGCCCGGCGGGGCGCGGAGGCUGCAGGCUGGACCGGCCCCGCCUCCGCCGCCCGCGCUCGUCGCCCGUACCCAGUGGCGCAGGUGAGCCUGGUGGACAGGUGAGCCCGGGAGAGGACAGGACCCCGCGCCCGUCCAGCAUGGCCCAGCGGCACUCGGACAGCUCCUUGGAGGAAAAGCUGCUGGGGGCCCGCUUCCGCGAGGCGCUGCGGCUGGACGACCAGGGGAACCCCGCGUCCAGACCGCCGGGGGCCCGGGCCCCGCUGUGGGUGCGAAGCAAUACCGCCUUCCAGCCCGAUAGCCCGGGGCCCGGGCCUGCGUCCCCCACGGACAGGGAGCCCCCACGGACCGUCGUCCUGAGCACGGACAGCCCCGCGGCCCUCAAGAUGGGCACGGAGCAGCUGAUCCCCAGGAGCCUGGCCGUGUGCAGCAAGGCCAAGACCCCGGCCCGCCACCAGAGCUUCGGGGCCGCCGUGCUGAGCAAGGAGGCCGCCCGGCGGGAGCCCCCGCUGCACGCGGCCUCCAGCUUCUCCCUGGAUGACAUGGACCUGGACGUGGACCUGGGGGGGGCGCUGGCUCGGAACCUGCGCAGCCAGUCUUACCGAGCGGCCAUGAGGGGCCUGAGGACGCCGGCGGCCGAGGGGGGCCCCGUCCACCUCAACCCCAAGCUCCAAGCCCUGGCUGAGGAGGCCGCCCAGCCUUCCGCCCGGCUCCUGGCCAAGAACAAGAAGACGCUGGCGCGGAAACGAGCACACAAGGGUUCCUUCAAGGAUGACCCCCGCUUCUACCAGGAGGUCCGGGAACGGGGCCUGAACACGGGCCAGGAGUCCGACGAUGACCUCCUGGACGAACCCCCCAGCCCUGGUGGCCCUCAGGCAGUGGGCACCCCCAUCGUGGUAAAGAACUUCCGGCCCCCCCAGGUCACGUGGAGCCAGCUCCCGGAGGUGGUCGAGUCGGGCAUCCUGGACACGCUGCCAGCCGAGGAGCGCAAGAGGCAGGAGGCCAUCUUCGAGAUCCUCACAUCGGAGUUCUCCUACCUGCACAGCCUGGGCAUCCUGGUGGCCGAGUUCCGCGAGUCCAAAGAGCUGGAGGCCACCGUGACCAAGGUGGAGCACCACCACCUCUUCUCCAACAUCCUGGACAUCCAGAGCGCCAGCCGGAGGUUCUUCGAGGACCUGGAGCGGCGGCACAAGGAGCGGGUGUGCGUGGAGGACAUCAGCGACAUCCUGGAGGAGCACGCCGAGCGGCACUUUGACCCCUACGUGGCCUACUGCUCCAACGAGGUCUACCAGCAGCGCGUCCUGCAGAGGCUGACCAGCAGCAACGCCGCCUUCCGGGACGUGCUCCGGGAGAUCGAGAAGCGGCCGGCCUGCGGCGGCCUGCCCAUGCUGUCCUUCCUCAUCCUCCCCAUGCAGAGGGUGACGCGGCUGCCGCUCCUGGCCGACACGCUCUGCCUGAGGACCCAGGGCCACCCCGAGCGGUACGAGGCUGCCAGCCGCGCGUUGAAGGCCAUCAGCAAGCUGGUGAAGCGGUGCAACGAGGGGGCCCACAAGAUGGAGCGCACGGAGCAGAUGUACACACUGCACACGCAGCUGGACUUCGGCAAAGUCAAGUCCCUCCCGCUGAUCUCGGCCUCCCGCUGGCUGCUGAAGCGCGGGGAGCUCAGCGUCCUGGAAGAGACGGGGCUCUUCCGGAAACUCGCCAGCCGGCCCACCUGCUACCUCUUCCUGUUCAACGACGUCCUGCUGAUCACCAAGAAGAAGAGCGAGGACAGCUUCCUGGUGCAGGACUACGCCCAGCUGGCCCAGGUGCAGGUCCACAAGGUGGAGCCCACGGAGCUCGCUCUGCCAGGAGGCGGCAACCGCAGCUCGUCGGUGCCGCACCCCUUCCAGGUGACCCUGCUGCACAACAGCGAGAGCCGCCAGGAGAAGAUCCUGCUGUCCUCCGACUCCGCGAGUGACCGGGCCCGGUGGAUCACGGCGCUGACGCACGGGGAGCGUCGGGGGCAGGGCCCCGCCAACAAGGGAGACCUGCCGCAGGUGGAGGUCACCAAGGCCUACCUGGCCAAGCAGGUGGACGAGAUCUCGCUGCAGCAGGCGGACGUGGUGCUGGUCCUGCAGCGGGAGGACGGGUGGCUGCACGGCGAGAGGCUGCGGGACGGAGAGACAGGCUGGUUCCCCGAGGACGUCGCCCGGGGCAUCACCAGCCGCGUGGCCGUGGAGGACAACAUGCGCAGGAUGGAGCGCCUGCGGGUGGAGACGGGCGUGUAGCCGCUCUGCCGGCGCCCCCGCCC